AUGGUCCGCGUCUACAUCGGACGUCUGCCGAAUCGGGCCACAGAUCGGGACGUUGAACAUUUUUUCCGUGGAUAUGGAAAGUUGUCCGACGUCAUCAUGAAGAACGGCUUUGGAUUUGUGCGCGUCAUUUUAGAAUUCCCCCGUCGUAAAGUUGGUUACAACGAAGAACGUAGUGGAGGUGGAUUCCGGGGACGGGAACCGACUUUCAGAAGAGGUGGAGAGCGCCAAUUCUCCAACCGCUACAGCCGCCCAUGCUCCACAAGAUUCCGUCUUGUCAUUGACAACUUGUCGACUCGCUACAGCUGGCAGGACAUCAAAGACCACAUCCGCAAGCUGGGAAUCGAGCCGACCUACUCCGAAGCACACAAGAGAAAUGUCAAUCAAGCACUUGUAUGCUUCAGCACACACGACGAUUUGCGGGAUGCAAUGAACAAGCUUCAAGGAGAAGAGUUGAAUGGGCGCAAGCUCAAAUGUACCGAUGAAACUCGUGACCGUAGUCGUUCAAGAAGCCCUCGCCGUCGUUCUCGUUCUAGAAGCGGAUCGAGAAGUCGCUCUCCACCACCACGCCGUCGUAGCCCGAGCUCUGGCAGAUCGAAGAGCCGUAGUGCGUCGCCAAAGAAACGCUCGGAGAAGCGUGCACGCAGCGAGAGUCGCAGCCGUUCUCGUUCUGGAGGAAGACGCUCUCGAACCAAUUCGCCACCAAAUCGUUCUCCAUCUCCAAAGAAAAGACGCGACCGUUCUUCUCCCCGCUCCGGAUCUGCUUCUCCAUAA